GAGGCCCUGAAGCUGAAGGGGGAGCUGGCGCAGGAGCAGGCGGCGCGCGCGGGGUCGCACGAGCAAGUCCAGGCCGCCGCGAAGGAGGUCGCGGCCCUGCAGGGCGAGCUCAGCCGCGUGCAGGGCGAGCUGUUCGUGCGGGGCGAGGCCCUGCGCAUGGAGCAGGAGCAGGUGCGGCGUCAGCGCGAGCUGAGCGAGGAGGAGCUGCGGUGCAGCCAGCUGGAGACGGCCGCGGCCAAGGCGGAGGCAUCUCAGCUGCAGGCGCAGCUCGAGACAGGCGAGCUGCAGCUGCGGGAGCGCGCGCAGCAGCAGCAGGAGCUGUCCGCGAGGCUCCAGGACAGCCAGGCGCGCACGUCCAGCGCUCAGGCCCAGGCCGCAGCAUUCGAGGCGAGGCUGAAGGCGCUUGCCGUGAAGCUGGAGGAGACGGCGGAGGCCUCCUCCGGGCAGCCGACGCCGCGCCGGUCUGGAAGAGACAGCGCGGAGGAGGCCGUGGAGGCCGCGCGGGUCGAGGAGGAGGCCGCGCCGCGCGAGGCCGAGGCCGCCCGGGCGGAGCGGCGGGGCCUGCUGCAGGAGGCCGAGGCGGCGCGCGGGGAGCGGCGGGCCGCCCUCUGCGAGGCCGAGGCGGCGCAGGGUGGGAGGCAUGCCGCCCUUCAGGCUGCCGAGGCGGCGCAGCGGGAGAGGCAGGCCGCCCUGGCAGAGGUGGCGCGCCUCGAGGCGCAGCUGGCGGAGCUGGCGGCCACGUCGGAGAGGAUGCGGCUCGCCUCUUUGCGGGGCAGGUGUGCGAUCGCUAGGCCGACCGCUGCCUUGAAGAGGCCUGCCUUGAACCCCGCGAUCUUCGCGUACUGA